AUGGACUAUGAAACAAGGUACACUCCCUUGGAGAAAACCUGUUGGAGGCUAGUAUGGGCCACAAAGAAACUAAGGCACUAUCUAUUAGCACAUCCGGUAGUCCUGGUUUCUCGUUUAGACCUAAUCAAAUAUCUUUUCGAGAAGCCAACACUUAUCGGAAAGCUGGCUAGAUGGUUGUUAUUGCUAGUAGAGUUUGACCUCAAGUACAUGACAAGGAAAUCAAUGAAAGAAAUGGUUGUGGCAGAAUUCUUGGCAAAUCAUCCUGUGACAGAGGCCGAGGCAGAAGACUUCAUGUUCCCAGAGGAAGACAUCUUAUUUCUCCUUGGCGACACCUGGCAGCUUUAUUUCGAUGGAGCAUCAAUCCAAUGUGGAUAUGGCAUAGGGAUAUUGCUAGUUUUCCCAAACGACUCUCAUAUUCCUCUGUCAUAUAAACUGAGGUUUGAAGUCACCAACAACCAACCUGAGUACGAAGCCUGCAUAGCUGGAAUGGAGGCAGCCAUGGAACUAUGGGCAAAAAGGGUAGAAGUCAUUGGAUGUUCAAACCUAGUGGUGUCUCAACCAAGAGGAGACUAG